AUGUCAGAAGAUCCCAAUGAUCUAGAACCGUUGGGGCCAUCGCACUUCCUUGUCGGAGCCUCGCUUCAAGCCCUUCCUGAACCCAAUCUUGAAAAUGUGCAGCUCAACCGUCUGAAUAAAUGGCAGUUAACGCAACGCAAGCUUCAAGAUUUUUGGCGCAGAUGGCGCCGGGAAUACCUGUGCCAACUCCAAGUUAGGACCAAACGCUGGAAACCACCAGUUCAAAUCGAGGUGGGCAAGCUGGUCGUGAUCCAAGACGAUAAUCUGCCCCCAAUGCGAUGGAGAAUGGGAAGGAUACACAAACUCCAUCCUGGCGACGAUCAGGUAGUACGCGUCGAUACCGUCAUAACAGCUGGUGGAAUGCUAACACGCCUUGUAGAAAAAUUAAGCAUUCUACCGCUACCAUACUCCGAUAAUGACGUCGAAGCAGAGGACAACCCAUGCAACAGUCUGGUGUAA